AUGAAGUUUCGAGUUUUUAUUUUGUUUUUAUUCUUAAUUAGUCAAAUAAAGGCAGCAAAUAUUCUAGCUAUAUGGCCGGUCGUGAGCCGAACACAUUUUACACUUGGAAUGACAUUGUUUGAGAAGCUAGCUGAAAAUGGACAUACAGUGACACUAGUGAGCCCAUUUGAUCAACGAGAGUCUCAUGAAAAUAUUAAGCUAGUAAAGCUUGCUGGAACCACAGAAGCUGCAAUGCAUGGGAACAGGACUAGUUUCUUGGAAUUGAAAGAUUUAUCGAUUCUUCAGACUUUAAAUGAACGAGUAAAAAAUGGAGCUGCAAUGGCUGAAUUUACAAUUCAGCAUGAUAAGUUGUUGAAUGUUUUGGGCUCUGGAGAAAAGUUUGAUCUUUUUAUUUAUGAUGCUUAUUACAAUGAUGCUUUGCUGGCCAUCGCAUACUUCCAGAAGAUUCCAGCAAUUGCUUUCAGCUGUGUUGGUCCAAAUCAACAAACCAAUAAAAUGACAAGAAAUCCAGUAAAUCCAGCUUAUGAUGUGAACAUGCUCCUGGGAUUAAGUGAUACAAUGAGCUACAUGAAUAGAGUGAGAAACACAGCCGUGACAUUGGUUGAGCUCUUUCAUUAUUACUUCAUUUACAUCCCACAACAGAACAAACUCCUUAAAGACAAUUUCAAUGACUUAGAAGACCAAAAAGUUCCAAAUAUCCUCGAUUUAAUUAACAAUGUCAAUUUAGUCUUCAUAAAUUCACAUCCACUAAUCCAACCAUCUCGAGUUCAUCCACCAAAUAGCAUAGAAGUCGGUGGAAUGCAGUUAAGAACGCAAAACAAAGAAAUCCAUCAGGAUCUCACCAACAUAAUGAACAAAGCAAUGUACGGCAUAAUUUACGUCAGUCUUGGAGGAAAUGUUCGUUCGAUAGAUUUACCGAAAGAAAAGCUUGACAUAUUUAUUAAUGUGUUUACAUAUUUAAACUCAAAAGAUAUUGUCGUAUUAUGGAAAUAUGAGGGAAUAGAUUUAAAGGAGAGACAGCCACACAGCACUGUAAUUGGUCCAUGGAUGCCGCAACAAGAGAUUCUAGCACAUAAAAAUCUCCGUGCAUUCAUAACACUCGGUGGUCUUUUAUCGUUGAUGGAGGCUGUUCAUUAUGCUAAACCAGUUAUUGGAAUUCCAAUUUUCAACGAUCAGAAACAUAAUAUGGCGCGAGUAACAAGUCAGGGCUAUGGCAUCCAACUCGAUUAUGACAAUUUAAGUGAAGACAUGUUAAGGAUGGCAAUUGAUAAAAUCUUUAAUGACACAACUUAUCGUGAUAAUGCUGAAAAGUUGUCGGAGCACAUCAAAGACAGUCCAAUUAAAGCGAUUGAUAAAGCAGCUUGGUAUGUAGAGCAUGUAAUAAAGACGAAUGGAGCAAAGCAUUUAAGAACAAAAGCAACAUUGUUAUCAUUCUGGAAAAUUCAUUUUAUUGAUCAAAUUCUUAUGGCAUUAACAUUCAUUACAUCUGUAAUCAUAACUUUAUUAUCGAUCAUGAAAUACUCAAAGGUAAAAUUCCAGAAGCGCAGAAAAUCACCGCAGCAUACAAUCAAAGGUAAAGCGGCGACGUCGGUGCGAAAGAACAAAUUUAAAUCAAAUUAA